GCCCCACCUCUUCAUAAUUGAGUUAUAAAUACACUGUGCUGUAGUGCACUCUGCAGAACUCUUUCUUGCUGAUUCUUUGUCUGGAUUGCUUAACCUGUUGAGUUUUGAGCUUCAGGAUGGUUUGUGCUAAGUGCUGGACACUGAAGAAGCACUUUGUAGGACUACCAACCAAAAGUGAUUUUGAGCUAAAGGAGGUUCAGCUACCAGCCUUAAAAAAUGGAGAGGUCCUCCUUGAAGCUUUGUUCCUCAGCCUUGACCCCUACAUGAGAAUUGCUGUGAAGAGGUCUUUGAAAGAGGGUGAUACAAUUAUGGGAAGCCAAGUUGCCAGAGUUGUGGAAAGUAAGAACUCAGUCUUUCCAGUAGGUAGCAUUGUGGUGGCUCACUCUGGAUGGACAACCCACUCCAUCUCUAAUGGAAAAGACCUAGAGACUUUGCUUCCUGGGUGGCCAGACACAUUACCCAUAUCUUUGGCUCUGGGGACCAUUGGCAUGACAGGCUUAACAGCCUACUUUGGGCUCCUUCACAUCUGUGCUCUGAAGGAGGGAGAAACUGUGAUCGUCAAUGCAGCCUCAGGAGCAGUGGGCUCAGUGGUAGGACAGAUUGCCAAAAUCAAAGGCUGCAAAGUGGUUGGCUCUGCUGGCUCAGAUGAAAAGGUUGCAAACCUUAAAAAACUUGGUUUUGAUGUUGCCUUUAACUAUAAGACAGUAGAAUCCUUAGAAGAAACACUGAAGAAAGCUUCUCCAGAUGGCUAUGAUUGCUACUUUGACAAUGUAGGUGGAACAUUUACAAAUGCAGUUAUCCCCCAGAUGAAGAAAUUUGGAAAAAUUGCUAUAUGUGGAGCCAUUUCCACAUACAACAGUGAAGACCCCCAAGGAAUCUAUUUCCAGCUUCCCUUUAUCUAUAAUGAGCUACGUAUGGAAGGAUUUCUUGUCUAUCGCUGGAAAGGAGACAUCCGCCAGAAAGCUCUAAACGACUUGUUGAAAUGGGUCUUAGAGGGCAAAAUCCAGUACCAAGAAUACAUCACUGAAGGUUUUGAAAAUAUGCCAAAGGCAUUCAUAGGAAUGUUAAAAGGAGAGAAUUUGGGGAAAACAUUAGUGAAAGUAUGAGGGACCCAAGAGUAUAUCACACAGGAAAUCUGGAGAACAUAUUAGUGUGUUUAUUUCAAGUUUCCUAAAAUCUUGUGGAAAUACGUGCCUAUUGUCUUAAAGUACUAAGAAACACCAACUGUAAUUAAUUCUGUGUUUAGCCUACUUAAUAAAAUGUAUUAAAAUUUUGUUCUAUGAAAAUAACAAGAAAUGAAAAUCCUUUAGGCAAUGAACAACCACCAAUCCCUAUCUCCCAACUACAGCCCUCUUCGUGACAGUUUAACUGCAAGAUAUAAGAUUAUAAUAAUAACAGCUCAUAUUUAACAGCAUUUUGUAAUUUCCAAAGGCCCUUUGCUCACUCACCUAUAAGGCAGACAGUGGAAAUUUAUUUCUAUCCAUUUUACAGAUAAGGAAACUGAUACUUAGAGAAAGUUUUAAAUGAGAACGCAUAGAUCAUGGCAGAACUGAAACUUAAAUUCAAGUUACUAGGGAUUGAUUACCCUGAUGAAAAAGACUUCCAUAAAAACUUAAUUAAAAAACAAAGUUCAAAGCUUGAACAGGAAAAGCUGAUUGUUAAAUUUUUAGUGUCAAUAUUUAUA